AUGUCUUCGAUUCUGGGCACUGUGACUGAUCUGGAGAGUGGUGAGGGUUUUUGCAGUUCCUUCAAUAUUACGCGGCAGCUCGCGCUGGAGUAUGUGCCGCAUAGGAUCCAUGUCAACGCUCUUUGCCCUGGGUAUACCCAGACGGCGAUUUUCAAGGAGGGGAUGGCUCAUAUGAAUACUCUCGAGGUUAUGCAGCGGCGUCAUCCGUUCAAUGGCCCUGGAGUGCCGGAUGCUAUUGCUCGGAUGGCGGUCGUGUUGGUGAGUGAGGACGCUAAUUAG